UGUAUUUCCAUGGGAACAACGUGCAACCGUGCAAGAGAUUCUCCCAGGCCGGCUCAGGGGUGCCACCUCUCCAUCUAGAAGGUUCCCGUUGCUGCUGCUCUGGCUAACAGUAUAAGAUUGCAGAUGUGGAAAAAAAGCCGGGCUCAAGUGACGAAGAAGAAGACCCGGCCGUCAGAGUGAACUACAAGUUGAAACCCGCCUGGAUUAUCCACCCGGAGGAAAGCUACGGAGCAGAGCGCAGCCCGCAGCCCGCGCCGGAGCACGGAUCGACCCGCUCCCUUCGGCCACCGGACGGGAGCACUCCUUCCCCGCCCACGGGCACCGAGCAGCCUCCGCCGGAACAAGUUGGGGUUCACCGCUCCUCGAUCCAGGCUCCAACCUCGGAUGCCAAGACCGAGGAUGCCAGGGGAGCACCGCCAGUUCUGAAGAUGCCCGGCCCGUGACAGCCGCCGAAGGGAAAGGAGACAUCGUCUUCUGGAACGGCAAGUCUUCCCGGCACCCCCGCCCCACCAUCAAAAACCUCGCUCUCUCACCUCCUCUCCUCCUUCGGCCUUCCAGUAGCCAAGCACCGUCCCCACCUGGAUCUUGAUUUUCCUGCCCAGGAAAGAAUUGGACCCGGACACUAUGGUCGUGCAGGACAGCAUGGACCCUGGGGAUCCCCGGAGAGGGGUGUUGCUGGAGCCUUUUAUCCACCAGGUGGGAGGACACAUGAGCAUGAUGAAGUAUGACGAACACACGGUCUGCAAGCCCCUCGUCAGCCAGGAGCAGCGGUUCUACGAGUCGCUGCCCUCGGCCAUGAAGCAGUUCACCCCUCAGUACAAAGGGACCAUCUCCGUCCAUCUGCAGAAGGAUAGCAGGGGGCAUCUCAGCCUCAUCGCCAACCCCCUGAAAGAGAACCGAGGGCCCUACGACGCCGUCUCCCCGGACCCAGCAGUUUCCAUAUGGCAGAAGCUCAAGCAGACGACCAGCAGUAGCACUGACCACGCUCUCGUCCAGUGGAACCACGGUCAGCUGAAACACACUAUCCAGGACAGCUGUCCGAGCAAGGCACUGCUGAGAACCGAAUUCCACUUCCGCGCAGAUGUCGCCUCGUUCAGAGAGGAUGCAAACGGGAACCAGGCGGAGAAGAAAAGCUUCAACCCCUGGGGCCUUCACUGCCACAGGGUGCAUCUGACCCGCAUGUACUCCGAAUACCAAGAGAACAAACUGCACCGGUUCUUGUUGCUUGAAAACGUGGUGUCCAAGUACAAAUACCCUUGCAUUCUGGACCUGAAAAUGGGGACGAGGCAGCACGGGGAUGAUGCCUCCGAGGAGAAGAAAGCACGCCACAUAAAGAAGUGUGAACAGAGCACUUCCGCCUCCCUUGGAGUUCGCAUCUGUGGAAUGCAGGUUUACCAAGCUGACACGCAGCACUUCCUCUGCAAGGAUAAAUAUUACGGCCGGAAGCUCUCCGUCGACGGGUUCCGACAAGCCCUCUACCAGUUCCUGCACAACGGCACCUGCCUCCAGACGGCCUUCCUGCAACCCAUCCUCUCGCAGCUGGAGGAGCUCCUCUCCGUCAUCAAGACCCAGAGCUCUUAUCGGUUCUACUCCAGCUCCCUCCUCAUCAUCUACGAAGGGCAGGAUCCCCCCGAGAGGACCCCGCGGAGCUGUUUGCCGAAGACAAACUGCACCUCGCCCCGUGCCCCCCGCCAAGUAGACGUGCGCAUGAUAGACUUCGCUCACACGACCUUCAAGGGCUCCCAGUGCACCAAAACCGCCUACGACGGGCCCGACCCCGGCUACAUCUUCGGCCUGGAAAACCUGAUCCGGAUUCUAAGGGAUAUCGCGGAAGGCAAAUGACCAGGAUGAGAAACUGGAACUCUGCUAGGGUGUCGGCACGGCCGAGGGACCCAACGGGAGCUAAAUUAGGCUGUGCAACCCCUGUCAGCUUUGGAAUCACCACACCCGCCCCGGAGGGAGGAUUUCAAAGAGAGCGCGGGCAGCAGCAAAGGGCGGGACGCGAUAAAUGCCCCCGAAAAGACCCAGCGGGUGCCAAAGUGAGCUGCCGGGGCAGAGUUUAAAUGGGAUGAGUUGCCAGGUCUCGAGUGGCCAGGGCAGUCGUGCCCGGACCACCCCGGACCCAAACCGAAGGGGCCCAUUUCCAAAUGUCAACACUCUUGAACCUCAGCAUGAGUCCACAACCAUUCUGAACCUCGAGUCCUGAGCGGAUCGGGCUGAUUCUGUCAGUCACGGACGGCACACAGAUUCACGCCUUGAUCCGGGCGGGGCGGAGACAGGGACGUUUUUGACGUUUGGCUAGACCUUAAGUCUCUUUCUUUUCCUUUUCUGUUUAUUUUUUUCUUUUGGAGAGAGGAAUGCAGGGAAAACCUGGUGAAAUGUUUACAAGACUGGUGGACACAGGUCAAUGAAACACCAACGGUUCUAACGAAUUCCUUUCUGGGCUGGGCAGAAACCGAUUAAGGAAUCUUUGACUCAAGACCAGAACUAGGCAAGCAAGAAAUUUGUUAAUAAAACUGCCCAGGUAACUCUU